AUGAAAAUUAGGGAUGAUAAAGAUGAAGAUAAUAAAGAUAAUGAAGAUAAUGAAGAGAAUGAUAAUGAUAAAGAGGAUAAUGAAGAAAAUAAUGAUGAUAAAGAUGAAAAUGAUGAAGAUGAUGUUGAAGAUGAUAAUGAUAAGAAUAAUAAUUAUAAUAAUAAUAUUAAUAUUAAUAUUAAUAAAAAAUCAUGA